AUGUCCGACAAGACCGACCCAGAGAAACCCUUGGAGACGCGAGAAGAUGACCCGGACCAGGCGCUCGGGGAGCUGGGAUAUCCCUCGGAACUCCGUCGAAACCGCUCGCUUUUCACGCUCCUGUUCCAAUCGCUCUCGAUUGCUGGGAUUCCCUUCGCCGAAAGCGGUGCACUCAUGCAAGCCAUCUAUGGCGGUGGCCAACUCUCCAUCUUCGUCGGCUGGAUCGUGGUCUGCCUCAUGGAUCAGUGCGUGGCCAUGUCGCUCGCCGAGUUAGCCUCGCGAUAUCCCACCUCCGCCGGCCCUUACUACUGGUCCUUCCAGUUGUCUGGCAAACAUGCCAAGCUUCUGUCAUUUAUCACAGCGUGGGUGUGGCUGAUCGGGAACUGGACCAUCACUCUCGGGGUCAACUUCGCAUUUGCGCAACUCUUGGUUGCCACAGUGUCCAUCUAUGCCCACUGGGAAGCUACCGAUUGGCAGCUCCUUCUAGUACUCUACACAAUCUGUAUUCUGGCCUUCUUCAUCUGUGGCUUCGGCAACCGCUUCCUCCCAGUUGUAGACACACUCUGUGCAGGCUGGACGCUGGUUAGCAUCCUUGUAGUUCUAGUAGCAGUCUCCGUUUCCGCCAAAGCUGGCCGUCACACUCCCUCCGAUGCCCUUGCGCAGUACGAUACCUCCCUGUCCGGCUGGGGAAACUUUUCAUUCUGUAUCGGUCUGCUACCCCCGGCCUUUGUCUUCUCCGCGAUAGGCAUGGUUUCCUCUAUGGCCGAGGAAGUACAUGCCCCAGCGAUUAAGGUGCCCAAGGCCAUGGCCCUCUGCAUCCCGGUCGGUGGCAUCGCCGGCCUUUUCUUUGUGAUCCCUCUCUGUGUCACUCUCCCCGACCUGGUCGACAUCACCAACGCGCCAAGCGGCCAACCGAUCCCCUAUGUGUUCCUGGUGGUGAUGGGGACACGGGCCGGUGCCGUCGGUCUUGUCUCUCUCCUUCUCGUCGUCGGGUUCUUCUGUUCCAUCAGCAUUACCAACGCCGCCUCUCGUUGUACGUGGGCUCUGGCACGAGAUACGGCCCUCCCAAUGUCAAGGCUUUUUUCCCGUGUGGACGAUCGCUUCCGCAUUCCACUAUGGGCAUUGGGUCUUGUGACCGUAGUACAAAUGCUCUUGGGAUUGAUUAACCUCGGCAGCAGCAGUGCCUUUACGGCAUUCGUCUCGGUGGGUGUGAUUGCCCUGGCCAUCACCUAUUCCAUUCCAAUCAGCAUCUCCCUAUUUUACAACAAGCGUACCGAGGUAUCGAAAGCAAGGUGGAACUGUGGUCGAGCAUUAGGGACGACGGUGAACCUCAUCGCUCUGGCGUGGAUUGCCUUUGAGCUCGUCCUGUUCAGUAUGCCUUCCACCUUGCCUGUCACCCCCGUCUCGAUGAACUAUGCGUCGGUGGUCUUCGUGGGGUUCACGGCCAUGGCAUUUGUAUGGUAUAUAGUGCACGCUAGGAAAGUUUACGUAGGACCUCCUCUGUCGGAUGGGAUGCCUCAGGAUAUGUGA